UCGCGCAACGUCAACGCCCUCGUCUCCUUCCGCCGCCUGCCCGCGCCCGCCGGCCUCGGCUCCCUGGGCGCAGGGCACUUUUUUGCACAGCGGUGUCUCCAGGACCGGCGGCUGGACGCAGAGGGCAGAGCCAGUGCCUGGCACCCCGGGAACCCCUACUGCUCCCCAAUUUUGGUGCGCAAAAAAGCCAUCCGCAGCAAAGUCCUGCGCUCAGGGGCCUACCGGGACUGCGGGGGCGAGAGCCAGCUCCACCAGCCACCACGUGAUGCCGCGGUGGCAGGAUGGGAGAGCAAAGGGGCGCGGAGCUGGGCCUUCCUGCCCGAAAAUGAGAGUGUCCUCGCCGAGAGCGUCUGGGCCUUCGCUGGCAUCACCAGGGCCGGUGGGAUCGCGCUGCUGCGCUGCGACAUCCCUGGCGCCUUCCUGCUGCGUCCCGAGCCCGGCCCGGCCCUGCGCUGGUGCCUGUGGGUGCGGGCGCCCUGCGGUGUGGUGCCCUACGGCCUCCUGCGCACCCAGCAGGGACGCUUCUGCCUGGAG